GUUCUAAAAUGGCUGCUGCAAAACUGGUUAAGAAGUCACUUGUAUUAAUUUUAUUACUAUAUACCGAAACUCUACAAGUUAAAGGUAUUCGUACAACAAACAAUGAGGAAGAAUCAGAUGCACCUGAUGCACACAUUAUUUAUGACCAAAGACAAACUGGCAAAUAUAAUAUACAUGUUGUUAUUAAAGAUGUGGCGAUUAUAGAAAUGGAUCAAAAUGAAAUAUCUGAUCAAAAUUACAAUGAUGAUGAAUACUAUUACGAUGAAGAUGAUUUAACCGUUAAACCUCUACUAUUUAAGCCCAGCACAACAUCUGUCAAGCCUUUAGAUUCUACAACAAACAUCAAAACCACAACUCCAAUAAUUCAAACGACAAUGCCUUUCACCGAAAACCAAAGUGUUGAAACAACCUCAUCUACUAUAAUACCAACAACGACGACCAAUAACAAAUUCCAUAAUAACGAAGAAAAUUUAAACCUGUAUUCAUCCUUACACCAGCCCGCUGUUGACCCAAAAUCCCGUAGCAAAGUAGAACCAAUAUUUGCUAUUGAAGAGCCUGUGCUUCAAUCUAGACAUCAAUUGCAGAAUUUUAACUACAGAAUGCCAUUGCAAGCACAAUCUAGGGAGGGGUCGGAUUUGAAAACUUUCAAAAAUUCACGAAUUUAUAAAGUGAAAGUACAUCGCUCUCAUCAGCCUCAUCAAAUCACGCCUCAGACGGUCCGUUGUCGCUCAUAUCAAUAUAGAGAUGCCAGAGGUAAUUGUCGUGGAAAGAGAUCUUCAUCUGGAUCAAUACUAAAGCGCCUCUUUAGAAUGCUCAUAACAUUGCCAUUUAACCAGAAUGAACAGGAAAUUGAUGAUUAAUUUAAAUGGUAUUUCCGCCUGAAUACAUGAACGUAAUUUAAAAAUUAUAAACUUAUUUCCGUGCUAAAUUUCAUGUAUUUCUGGAACAUUUUUUUUUUGAUUUUAGAAAAAAAAUACGUUUUCGGUUACGCAAUUUUUUACAUUAAGGUAACGAUGUAAUUCUUAAAGAAACAAAGGCAUAUAUUUUCCAGAUAUGAUUUAAAUACAUAAAUAAUUUAUAAUAGUUUAAUAGUGGAUUUAUAUAAACAAUAUAUAAUACUUUACAAUAAGAUAUGUACAAUCUACAAUGGACUUCAUUUAAAUAAAAAAAGAAUCAAAUUUAAAAAAAAAACAAAUCACCAAACAUAA